ACCCUUCCACCCUUCUUUCAGCCUUACCUCUCCCUACUUUCCUCCCUGAGGCUUAGUAUCUGGGAUAGGGUGGAGGCUACCUACUCUGCCAUUUCUUUUCUGUUCGGGGGUCCCAAAGGGUCACAAUGAACCCCUCCACACCAACUUCCCAAGGCCUGCUCUGUGGGCCCAGGACAGCCCACACUUUACACUUUUUUGCCGGUAGCUCAGGAAGAGCUUCAUUGCUCCCUGCCUGUCAUUGCUGUGAAUAGGAGGGGGCAGCCCCUCUUAGCUGCCUGGGCCAGCAGUACAGGCUAACUUCCCAACUGUUUAGUUCCCAGUCCAGAGGCCAGGGUGGCUCAGUCCAUGGAGAGAUCAUCAAAAAGGGGAAGUGAGAGACAAACAGGAAGAGAAAGGGAAAGGAAGGAGGGGAAGGUUCCAGGUGGUGGUUUGCACAGUGGACCUGGACCUACCUUCUUGGACUUCUUCUGUGGACCAGCACCAGUGCCCGCUACUCCACCGGUUUCCCGACUCCUGGCUGGGCAGCUGGGCCCUUGCCUAGGGCCACAGCCCGGUUGAAGACUCCAGGCUGUGAACAGGACUGGACCUCAGUGGAACUGGGCCAAAGCCUACCUAGGGCAUCACAACUCCCGCCACCCCAGAGACAGGCCAGAAAUGCUCAUCUCAGUUUCAUCGAUGCCCCUGGAGGCAGGUGGCCCAAGACCUGAAGGACCCCCUGGGCCUCCGCCUCCCCUGUUACCCAAACCAGGAAAGGACAACCAGCGUCUCCAGAAGCUGCUGAGAAGAGCCGCUCGGAAGAAGGUGACAGGGGUGGCCCUCAACCCAGCCAGCGCCUUCCGUGCUUCCCUGUCUCCUGUGAGCGAGGCUAGCCAUGAUGUGGAGACCACCCCGCAAGCUGCCGAGGCUCCACAAGCGGUGGCUUCCCUGCUCCGUUCCCCCCACACCCCUGUCAUCCAUCACGUGGCCUCACCCCUGCAGAGGUCCACAUUCUCCUUCAGCCUCACCCAGCGUACAGCCCUGGCCACUCACUUCAAGGCUUCCCCAAGACUCGAAACUCCAGCCCCAGAACCUGCCCGACCCCCGGGUGGCUACGCUCAUGUCUCAGCUCCUGCAGCAGGAGGCACCCACAUCACCCAGGUCCAUAUCCAGCUGUCACCAUCCCCACAUGCCGGGAGCCCUGACUCCCCAAGGACGGCUGUGGAUGGUGAUACAGGCCUGGAUCCCCCCUGCACCCAAACUCUGAUCCCAGUGGCCCACAUCCGUCCUUUGCCUGCAGGAGACCAGGCAACCAGUCCUGGGCCUGAGGAGCUUCCUGUAACAAGGCCGUUGCCCAGUUUCCAGGCCUCGGUGUCCAGGGAGGCUGGUACCAGGGUCGUGGUGCCCAUAGCUCCCACCUACCGCUCACCUGGACCCUUGCCUUACAGUCCAGCCCCUGUAGUCCCUGAAGCAGGGUGCCUGGAAGAGCCAUCUAUGGCUGGCUCUUCUGUAGAGGUCAAGAGGGUGUCCAGCCCCCCAGGAGCCCCGUUUCAGGAUGCACCAUCAGGUCCCCACCCAUGCCCUCUUCCCAAAGUUGCACCCAAGCCCCGGCUCAGUGGCUGGACGCGUUUGAAGAAGCAGCUGAUGGAGGAGGCAGAGGAGCCCCAGUUCCCUGGGCCUGAGCCGAGCCUGGAGGCCAAGCAGCAAGAGGCGUCUGCCCCAGCUGGUCCUCGGCCGCCUGCCUCCCGGGCCUCGAGGAUGUGGGACGCGGUGCUAUACCGCAUGUCAUUGGCCGAGUCCCGCAGCAGUGAGCGUCCCGUGGGGGCCAGGGACGGGGAGCACCCCCUGUCUGGCCGUGGCUGCUUACCCUUUCUGUACCGGCCUCGAUUCAACGCCCGGAAGCUUCAGGAGGCUGCCCGGCCACCUCCCAGCCUCCGCUCUACCCUAGAGCUGAGCCCCCAGCCCAAGAACUUCAACCGGACAGCCAUGGGCUGGAGGCUCCAAUGAAGUGGCCCAAGUGGCCUCUGGGGCCUGGGACUGGAGGGUGGACAGAGACUGGCUGAGGCUCUGAUGGGAAGGCCAUGGCUCUCACAAGUUAAAGUACAGUGGAUCGCGGGGGCAGAAGUUGUGACCGCAGCAGCUGGGCAAUGGAUGCCGGGUGGUGCAAGAAGUCUGUCGUGUGAAUGUAGGCCAGGUGGCAGGAUCAGGAAGGGCAAGUGGAAGAGGUUGGCAAAGUCAGGAGCAUGU